AUGGAUGAGCUGACAGUCAAGAAGGGAGAUCAGGGAGUGCUGCGCUUUGAUCUUCAUGGAAACCAGGAUCACUGCAAGUAUGGCGGACUCAGUCAUUCAGCUACAGAUCCGCUCUGUGCACUGUGGAGACUGAAGAUCUGCCUCGGUCCAGUGGCUGAUGUUUUAGUCCUGAUGGCCGUUCAAGCUGACGACAGUAACUUUGCUGUCUCAGGUGCAGUUUCCCUUCACAUUGUUCCAAACAAAGUUCAGUUCUUUGAAUACGAGUCGGUCUCUGUACGCUGUGAGGCCGAUAACAGCAUCUCUGAAUGGAGCGUGAAGUGGAAGCCCCAUAAAAUAACCAACUCUACCCACACAUCAAACACAUCGGCAUCACCCUACAGCAUUAAUCUCACCUUUGAAAAACACAGUGGAGAAUACUGGUGUGAAAAUGAAGAUGGAGAACGAAGUGAGGCUGUUAACAUCACUGUGACCGCUGGUUUUGUCAUCUUGGAAAGUCCGACACACCCCGUGAUAGAGGGAAAUGAGGUGACCUUCAAUUGUACAAACAAGAAAACUCAGUCAGGACACAUAACUGACUUCUACAAAGACGGCGUUCCUCUCGGUACCUGGUAUAACAGCAGCAUGACGAUCCAAAAUGUCUCCAAGUCUCAUGAAGGAUUUUACAAGUGCAGCAUAUCUGGAGCUGGAGAAUCACCAGAGCGCUGGCUAGCUGUUUUAAAACAAAGUGAAGCACCUUACAAAGAGAUUGAUCUUUCACACAGUCUCGUCCCUAAAACACCCAUUCUGCUGUGGACUGUUGCGAGUGCUUUAUUGGUGGCUCUGUUGGUGGUGGUUAUCUGCCUGCUUCUUCAUAAGAAAUACAAAGUCUUGCAAGAGGAGAACACCUCAGACCCACACCAUGUGACAUAUGCUGUGGUCAGAAAGAAGAGGAAACAGAAAGAUGGAGACAAUUCAAAGGAUCCAGAUGAUGUCCUGUAUGCCACUGUUAAAACGGACUGGAAGAAGAAAGAACCAAAAAUGUCCAGAGCAGACAUCAGACAUCCAUGUUUUCAAGAAGAGACUGUCAUCUAUUCUUCAGUGAGAAAAAACUGA